AUGAUCAGCCUCAAAGAUAUUGACGAUAAAAGUUUAUAUUAUUAUCCAAUGUGUACCCGAGUGAAUCGAUGUGGAGGUUGCUGCAGCCACGAUUUAUUGGCAUGUCGACCCACCAAAACCGAAACCCUCAACUUCGAAGUAAUUGUCUUACAAUACAGCGGAUCGGGGAAAUUAGAAUUUAAAGGUCGAAAAUCGGUGUCAGUAGACCAACAUUUAACGUGCCAGUGCGAUUGUAUCACUGAAGAAGAAAAUUGCGCACCUUUACAAGUAUAUAAUUCCGACGAAUGUCGAUGUAUGUGUACAAAUGAAGAAGAUCGCCAAGAGUGUAAUGAUGAGUAUGGGUUAAGACUGUGGAAUUCAACAACUUGCACAUGCCAAUGA